AUGCAGCAGGACAAACAAGACACCGAGAUGGUGGAGCGUCGCGACUCCGGGGACGCGGCCACCAUGCCCGUGAUGCGGUCCAGGUUUGACGACCUUAGCGUCUGGCAGAGUGUGCGUCGCUACAAGCACGUCGGCCUCAUCGCCAUGACUGCAGCCUUCUGUGCCUCUUUGGAUGGUUAUCAGAUCAAUCUCAACGGUGGCAUCGUCUCCAACAAGGGCUUCAUCCGCCAGUUUUCCAGUCCCGGAACAACCAUCAUUGCUGGCAAAUACAUCUCAGCUUGGGGCGGUAUCCAGUCUGCUGGCCAAACUGUCGGUCAAGUUCUUCUUCAAUAUGCUACUGACGGUCUGGGCCGCAAGCCUGCGCUCCUAAUUAUUUGGAUCACCCUUGCCGCUAGUAUCUUCGCCGAGACAUUUGCUACCGCCUGGGAUCACUGGCUGGUCGCGAAGCUUCUCUCUGGUAUGGGUGUUGGUAUGCUCCAGUCGACCAUGCCUCUGUAUCUCUCAGAGAUCUCGCCCACUCAGCUAAGGGGUUUCUUCAUCAACGCGUAUACCUUCUGGUUUGUCCUCGGUCAACUCUUCGCUUCUGUCGCCCUCAACAGGCUCAACGCCAGCAACCCAUACGACUUCCGUGAUGCCAUCUACACACAGUGGGGAAUGAUUGGCCUGAUUUUGAUCAUCUUCCUCCUCCUCCCAGAGAGUCCUUGGUGGCUGGCUAGCAAAGGCAAAACAGACCAGGCCGCCAAGGUUCUGCGCCUGUGCUACGGACGCGUUGAGGGCUACGACGUCCAGGAACAAAUUGACAUUAUGACAGCCACGGUCGCAAUGGAGCGCGCGCAAGCUGAGCGAGACCAAGAGGUCGGUCCAUGGGCAGUCUUCCGUGGCCGCAACCUCAUCCGGUUCAUCAUUGCUGGAUGGCCCAAGGUUACCCAGCAGUUCGUAGGCCUAGCCGUCUUCAACACCUACGCGACAUAUUUCUUUCAAUACGCUGGCAACAAGGAUCCCUUCCUCGUGACCCUGAUUCUUUCCAGUGUUCAGCUCAUUUCCAUGAUCGCUACAGCCACUCUCACUGAUCAAGUCGGUCGCCGGCCAUUGACGGUAUAUCCCUACGCCGUCACUGUUGUAUCGGUUCUGUGCCUUGGCAUUAUUGGCUGCUUUGACUAUACUGCCAAGGCCACAAGCUCCCUUCUCAUCUUCUUUGCCUGCCUCGCAACCUUCUCGACUACUGGCGCCUCGGCCAUCGGCUACGCCUACGCUACCGAGAUUCCUCAACAGCGCCUCCGCGCCAGAACGGCUGGAUGGUCUCUUGCCGUGUCCAACAUGAUCGCCAUCAUGUUCAGUUUCUGCACGCCUCUGAUGAUCAAUGGUUCUGUGACUCAUUGGGGUGUUAAGACCGGAUUUUUCUUUGCGGGAACAGGCACUGUCGCCGUCGUGAUCGCGUGGUUCAUUCUGCCCGAGGUUGCCCGCCGAACGCCUGGUGAAAUUGAUGAAAUGUUUGAGAAGAAGGUCAGUCUUCGUGGCUUUAAGAACUACGUCACCGAGGUUCAGCUCAACGCAGAGCACCACCAAGACAAGACACAGGGCGAGGCUUGA